AAGAACAGAUGUGUUGAACGCAGCGAUUUGAAUUUGUUCUCGAAGAAAAUAAUUACAAAAAAAACCUGACGCAAAUAAUAAAUAAACAAAAAAUAUUUUCUUACUGAAUAUUGUGGAAUAUUUAUAUAUUCGUAAUACAAUUGUAUAUAUACAAUAUACAACAAAAUCAGCGGAUACCACAAUAAUUGCCGAAAAAGCAUACGUUUUGCCAUGGACGUCGACGCCGCUGAGAUACGCGCUUUGGCUUAUCUGAUGGCGUUUAAGACGGCUUGCGUGAAUGUACCGUUUGGUGGUUCCAAGGGUGGCAUACGUAUCGACCCGAAGAAGUAUACUGCACAAGAAUAAAACAAUUACGCGUCGCUAUACAAUGGAGCUAUUACGUCGCAAUAUGAUAGGUCCGGGUAUAGAUGUACCGGCACCAGAUGUGAAUACCAGCCAACACGAGAUGAGUUGGUUGGUGGAUCAAUAUAUUAAAACUUUUGGUAAUUUUUUUUUAUGAAAUAUUAAAAAACGUCUGGAUAGACAAAUAAAUUGUUCUUCUAGGCUAUAACGAUGUAGAUGCAUUGGCCAUCACGACUGGUAAGCCAGUAGAAAUAGGCGGUAUAAAUGGUCGCACCGCCGCCACGGGACGUGGUCUAUUUAAGGCGGCUGAAUGUUUUAUUAUGGAUAAAGAUUGGAUGGAUUUAUUAGGCUGGAAGACUGGUUGGAAAGAUAAAACCGUGAUCGUACAAGGGUUUGGCAAUGUCGGUUCCCAUGCAUCCGUUUUUGUAGUGGAAGCCGGUGCCAAACUGAUCGGUGUUCAAGAAUUUUACGUGUCUCUAGUAAAUGAGAAUGGCAUAGAUCCAAAGGUAUGUGGCGUAUUGAAAAUAAAUAUCUCCAUGAUAAUAUUUUUUUAAUUUUCUUCAUAUACUUAGGACUUAAUGGAGUAUUAUGCAAAAAAUAAUAAAUCAAUCAAGGGCUAUACCAAAGCCACCGAAAAAGAGGGCAGUUUGUUGGGUGAAAAAUGCGAUAUACUAAUGCCUUGCUCUACGCAAAAGGUUCUCACUGUCGAAAAUGCUAACAGUGUACAAGCCAAGAUGAUUUUAGAAGGCGCUAAUGGUCCUUCGACGCCAGCUGCCGAUGAAAUAUUACGUAAAAAGAAUGUACUCAUUAUACCGGAUUUGUUUUGCAAUGCUGGCGGUGUAACGGUAUCCUACUUUGAGUACUUAAAGAAUAUCAAUCAUGUAUCUUAUGGCAAAAUGAAUGUUAAACGCGAGAAAACCAUAAUCAACGAGAUCUUUAACUCCAUGAAUGAGUGCGAGGUAAGUGAACUUUGACCACCGUGCAAAUAAGUUAAUUUGUUAAUAUGAAUUUUUUUAAUUUAUUUAUUUAGGAUAAGUUCAAGCCAAACAAAAAGUUAAAGCUCAUAAGAGACUGUACGAAGGAGGCGGAUAUUUAAGACGCAGGACUACAAACAGUUAUGGAAACUGCGGGGGCAGCCAUUAAGAUUGUGGCCAAUGAAUUCGGUCUCUGCAAUGAUUUACGCACCGCUGCCUUUAUUUACUCGAUUUCUAAGAUUUUCCGAGCCUUAGAAAUGGAGGGCAUUUCUCAACAAUAAUUACAGAAUGCGUCUGAAGUCGCUUGGCGAUUAUUUAUUUUUACAAAUUUUACAUUUAUAUAUUUAUAAGAUCCAAAGUGUAAUAUCCUUUUGUAUAUUUUUCUUAAAUUUUUAAAUAAAUAUUUCUUUACAAAAACACAAACAGAAUGGCUUCUUGACAGCAACAGUUUAACAAUUAAAAAAAACCCCUACCCACUUACUACGCCAAUUUUGGUGGCAUUCACCACUGCAAUGAUUUACGCACCGCCGCCUUUAUUUACUCGAUUUCGAAGAUUUUCCGAGCAUUAGAAUUGGAGGGCAUUUCUCAGCAAUAAUUGCAGAAUGCGUCUGAAGUCGCUAGGCGAUUGUUUAUUUUUACACAUUUUACAUUUAUAUAUUUAUAAGAUCCAAAGUGUAAUAUCCUUUUGUAUAUUUUUCUUAAAUUUUUAAAUAAA